CGGCACUACACAUAUGACGAGUUGCUCUAUAGAGAUGAAUGUAGCGAUCCUCGCGACAAGCCACUCUUAAAUGUAACAUCGCCACGGCGUAGCUCUGCGAAACAAAAAAAAGAUCCCGACUACGCCUUCGAGGUUCGAAAUCUGGUUCCACAAAUGAUUCUCACAAGAACUAUCGCGAAAACAUCUUUGCUUGAUAUCUUGCAGAAGUCAUUCGUUGAUUUGCUGCUUCUUACGUCGCGCGGUUGUUUCAAUCGAGGACGUUUUUCCCGCAUGGGAUGUGCCUUGUUAGCCAGAAAUCGUGCUUCACUAUUCGCCUCCAUCUUUUUUACGCUGCCAAGUGAGCAGCUUUUGCGUGCUCCUAAAAACACGGUCUAGAAGUCUCACUUGCCGAUAUUGACAUCUUCCAGGUCAUUUCGCUGCUUUUUUCCGAGACAGAUCCUUGAGUGGCCGUUCUGGGAGCGUCGGCGGUGGCGUCGUACGCUUCUAUUGGGGGGCCUGUCUAGCGCCUCCGCUAAAAUUCGGAGAAAUUCCUUGCCAAUAAAGUUGAUAUUUUCCCCUUCCUGAGAGCCGGUGCCCACAGACGGAGUCACACCCUACCUAAUCAAGCAGCUGGAGGAAAAACGUGGAAAAGUCAGAGGCGCAAGAGUCUCGCGAGCACGUCAGCGAACGUCCGGCACGUACUUCACAUUUUCACCAGACAGCAGGCUCGACUACUACACGAAAUGUCUCGACUGAAUAUCGAAUUGGGGGAGGGAGGCGGGAAAGCGGGAGCGACAGCGUCGUGCGCUCUUGAGUCAGACAACGCUCUGCAGACCGAGAAUCUGAAUGGACUGCCAAAGUUUACGCCGAGUGCCGACGGCGUGAUUGGGACGUUGGCCUUGGUGGCCAAGUGUGGACCCUUCUCGAUUUAUCGUCUUCGAUGCGUGUACAUGCGCGCUCUUGUUAUUCGAUUCCUCUUUAUUCUCAUGGACAAUGCGCUGUGGAUUUGGGUAGGCGACCAAAAAGAGGUUCUCGAAGACUUGGAGGCGGCCUUCCUCACCAAUAUAAAGGGAGACUCGGGCAAAAUGGCAGUGUGUACAAGCCUUUUUUCGUCGGACGUGGAAGGUUCAAGUUCUGGCCUCGCGUCGAAAUUGGCCAUUCGAUUCAAAACGCCCGUUUUCCUUUCCGUCAAUGUUGCAAAGGCCGACGGCAAACUUGUCAUGUUUAUCCAACACGUCCUACAGGAGCAAACGCAGCUGCUGCUCGCUUCAUAUAUAGAACAGAAGAAGUCAGCAGCGUAGGACACGAGCGAGGCGCGAUUGCAGUUUGCGCAGCUGUGACGCUUUAGAAGAAGCUUUACCAUAUAUUGUAUUUAUCAAGCGACGUAUCAAUCACUGCCAGGCUGUCGCUUCUUCGGCAUGCAGCCUUUUAGCUUGGGGUUACCCUACGCUCCCACCGGGAACGAGCGGCUCGCAAUGCUCGCCUCCGAACGAGCACCACGGGGUGUAGUGUGAACGAACCCCUUCGCUUGUCUUUUUUUGCCGAUACGUGGAUCAUGUGUUUUCAACAACGAAGAUGUUGCCGCGUGGAGGGCGACGACGGCCCAGAAUGUUUUUUUUAGUAAAAACAGACGUGGUAAUUAAUUAGUCACAGG